CGGGUGAUGCAACGAGCCGGCGAGAACUGUAACUUUACCAGCUGAGCGCGAGAUCACAUCGCUUCCAGAGUAGAGCAUCACAACACGCACGUAUGAUUCAGUCAAAACAAGAUUUCGGAAUGAUGCUUCAGCAUCCCGGUUUGGGUCACUUGGAUAUCAGCGCGUCGGCUUUGGUACCCUGCCUCUCCCCGCCGGGCUCGCUCACGCUGGACGACUUCACCAACUUCACUCCGUUAGUCAAGGAGGAGCUGCGCUACGCCAUCCAGAACAAGCGGCUGUCCAACGGCAUGACCGCACUGACCUCAGCGGUUUCAGAACGCAGAGAGACCACUGAACUGCCUGUCAUGAAGCGGGAGAUCCAACCAGAGGAGAGUGAAAGGAAAAAGAGGAGAAGGGAACGAAAUAAAGUAGCAGCAGCUAAAUGUCGAAACAAGAAAAAGGAGAAAACUGACACUUUACAAAAGGAGUCUGAGACACUGGAGUCCAUCAAUGCCGAGCUGAAGGCCCAGAUCGAGGAGCUGAAGAGCCAAAAGCAGCAGCUAGUCUACAUGCUGAACCUACAUCGGCCCACCUGCAUCGUCCGCGCCCAGAACGGCCAGACCCCCGAGGACGAGAGGAAACUCUUCAUCCAGCAGAUCAAGGAGACCACCCUGCAAGGUCUUAAUCUUAGCAUAAAUGGACCAAUGCACAACACAGUACCAACAAGUUGUGGCCAUCUCUGAUUCAGGCACGAACCUAAAGGGUUUGGCGGUUGCCAAUGAACAUUGCAGGGCUCGCCCGAGAAGGACUAAACUGUGGGUGCCUACCAUGCCAGUCAAGGUCGGUCUGAUGUACACUGAAACAGACUGUUUAAGCACUGAAGUGAUGAAGGACGUGUGAUGCGUGAUCACUUAUUCUUAUUAUCGUAUGCUUAACAUGCUUUUUGUAGCUAUAUGUCAUGAUGCUUAAGCAACAUGAUGUCAUUUACCGAUCGUCUGGUUUGUUGAAAGAAAUCCUGGUGGUGUGUUUGACAACAAGUACAAUGUGAGGGAAGGCUUGCUGUAGGAAAAAACAGGGUGAUGUUAUUUCAUUUAGUAACAUGCCUCUUGUUAAAUUGAAACACACAAAAUGCCACGUAAAGUAUUUCAAGCUGCUAAUCUCUCAGGAUACGGUCUGUAUAUGACAGGAAACAUUACACUUGUACUAAAUAAACAGAUGAAAUAACCGAGAAGUCACCGCGUAGUGGACUUCAAGACAGCAGGGGUGUCAGGCAACCUUACAAGUUUCUUGUAUUGGAAACUGGACCUUCACCACUAUAUGCCUGUCUGUGUUAUCACCUCAACUGUCUGAACAUGUUGUUGUUACAAUGCUGUGAGCAGGAGGGUCUGCGUUCGCCAGCCCACUGCACAAAGAUUAUAUCAUGUUUUUGUUCGUUUAAUAAGGGACUUGUACUUAUUUUUCGAUGUUGCAUUUUUCAUAUAUUGUAGCUGUGUGUUGUUCUUGCCUAGAUGCACAAACCUUAUUCUAAAAGAAAAACACUUGAAGUAAAGCUCUUAAUUUCUUGGCUACGAUCAUGUGUCAAUCGAUUGCUGGUGUCUGUUUUGAAGAAACGCAUACCACGAGACAUCUGAUCAAGCCGUGUGACCAGCUCACCACAUUAAAGUUGAGAAAGCUGUCAAAAAAACAUGGGAAAAUUGGAAGUUCUGUCAGUCUAUUUCAACAAAACUGAUUCAGGACUUUUACAUAUAUUUUCAGUGGGAUGUAUUGAGAGGUUAAAUGGCGCGGGCGUCAGGCGGCUUUUCUUUUGCUUUGUAAUGGUUCAGGCAUGCCAAAUCACUUGUACUAUUGACAUUAAAUGUGUAAUGGAAACAAAGCUAUGCGUAAUAUUUGUGGUUAAACCAAGUUUUAUUCAUCGUACGUACCUUCCACGUAAAAGGAAGGAUGUGCAAUUGUUAUACCAAAACUGUAUGAAUGGGACGAUACUGUUCAUUUACACCUCCGGUAUGGUUUCGUUUGACUGUCUGUUGUGUUUUUGAUACUUUAUUAAUAAAAACGCAUACCAAUGCAA